UGAAGAGAGAGAGACAGAGAGAGAGAGACAGAGAGAGAGAUCAGUUGGUUCUACAGGUUCUGAAGGAUGGCGUUGCUCUUCCUGCUGCUCUGUGCUGUCUCACUCUCUGAUGGGUUUAAUAUUGACGUGUUGAACCUAGAGCAAUUCAUAGGAAAUAAAGAGGACUUUUUUGGAUACAAACUGCUGCAAUAUCAGUCUGACAAGAUGAAACAAAUUAUCGUCAGCGCUCCAUUAAGCGCAAACAGAUCAGGAGCGAUUUUUAAAUGCACAGUGGAGAAGAGAAACUGCAGCCAUUUGUAUCAGCCAGACUUGAAGGCGAUCAGGUUCUUUGGGAUGUCGAUGGCAGUGAGGACGUCUCCAUCAGCCACGCUCACUACUUGCAGCCCAAGUUUCUCUCAUGAGUGUGAUGGAAACUCAUAUCUGAACGGAAUCUGUUACCAGUUCAACAGCAAGCUGAACACCAUCACCAACAUCACCGCUUUCCAAGAGUGCACGAAGAAUAAAGUGAACCUGGUCUUCCUUUUCGAUGGCUCCAGCAGCAUGCAAGCCCCCGACUUUGAUAAGAAUAAAAAAUUCAUAUGGGACAUUGUUACAACACUCAAAAACUCAUCCAUCGAGUUUGCUGCUGUUCAGUUUUCUAAGACAUUCAGUACAGUUUUCACCUUUAAAGAUUAUGUUAACGGCACAGCGAAGGAGAAACUUCAUGAAGAAAAGCACAUGAAGUCACUCACGAACACACACAAGGCCAUUGACUUCACCCUUAAGAAUUUGUUUAAUAAUGUGGAGUCCGGUGCAGAUCCUGAGGCUACUAAAGCCCUGGUCAUCAUCACAGAUGGAAGUCCUUCUGAUAUAAACACUAACGAGAUACAGCGCUGUGAGAAACUCGACAUCGCUCGCUUCAUUAUCGGGGUGGGGAAAAUAGACAAUUUUGAGAAGCUGAAUAAACUUGCCUCAGAGCCAAAAGAGAGCAACAUCUUCAGGAUUGAAAACUACGAUGGACUAAAUGGAUUUCUGGAUAAACUGCAAAAUAAGAUCUAUGGCAUCAAGGGAGGUGAGGGAAGGAACUAUAAAGAAGAGCUGUCUCAGAGUGGAUUCAGUGCUGCCAGUGACAAGGACACUCUCAUUCUGGGAGCUGUUGGAUCUGAUAAUUGGCGUGGAAUGCUGUAUGAGGUUACAGGAUCCGAAGCUGGGAUGGAAAUCAAGGACGAAAACCUAAAUAAGGACUCGUACAAUGGUUACUCUGUUGUGGUUGGACAGAGAGACAGAGUUUCUCUUGUGUUCUCUGGAGCACCAAGAUCUAAUCACAGGGGUCAGGUGACUCUGUUUAAAAAGAUGACCCACAAAUGGGAAGCCAUGAGCAACAUCUCUGGAGAACAGAUCGGCUCGUAUUUCGGUGGAUCAGUGUGUGUGUUAGACCUGAACUCCGACAACAACACUGACUUCCUCGUGGUUGGAGCUCCGCUGUAUUACAAACCUCAUCCUCAGAGAGAGGGACGGAUUUACAUCUAUAGACUCACACAGCAGCUGAAGUUGGAGAAGGAGUUGGAGAUAUGUGAAUCAGCUCAGGGUCGGUUUGGGAUGACUCUAGCUGCUGUAGCAGAUCUGAAUGGAGACCAGCUGCAGGAUUUAGCUGUUGGAGCUCCACUGGAAGACAAUCAAAAAGGAGCCAUUUACAUUUACCUCGGCAACCAUGAACACGGCAUCCGCCCCAAGUACAGCCAGAGAAUUGCGGCAAGUUCCAUCUCUAAGCAGCUUCAGCAUUUCGGUUUGGCGAUCGAUGGUGUGAUGGACAUGGGACAGGAUGGUCUGACGGACAUUGCUGUUGGAGCACAAGGGACCGUUUUACUCCUGAAAACUCGGGCGGUUGUUUCCAUAUCAGUGAAGCUCAGUUUCUCUCCCUCUGAAAUCAGCCUGAAUAAGUUCGACUGCCUGGGCAACAUGGAAAAUACAUUUGCCAUCAUUACUCUCAACACCUGCUUCAGUAUGACAGAGAACACCAACAGCAAAGGGGCAGUGAAGAGUGGUCUGAACGUGUCGUUGGAGCUCAAUGCUGAUGCUGUGAGACAGGACAGUCGGGCGUUUUUCAUUAAGGAACAGAAGACGUCCAGGAGUCUGGUGACGUCUGUGCUGCUGGACUCAGAGUUUUCCUGUUACAACCAUACAGUCUAUAUGCACAGCUGUGUGAAGGACACAGUGUCUUCGGUGUUAUUCCGACUCAACUUCCACCAGUCUGAUCAUCAGCCGAGCAGCUCCAACUCCAUACUCAACAUCGACAGCAAGACCACGGCUCAUGUAGAGGUUCCCUUUCAGAUUAACUGCAAAAACAGGAGCUGUGUAUCAGACCUGCAGCUGGACUUUAACUUCUUGAACAGCACAUUGCUGGUGGUGGACCAGGCAUCUUUUAUCAUCCAUGUGACUCUACUGAAUAAAGGAGAUGACUCGUUCAACACCAGUGUGGUUCUUUUCUACCCUCCUGGAUUAUCACUCUCGAUAUUCAAGACCAUUGAGUGGAACAGAAGGACUCUGAGCAGUUGUGGAGAUCGUGAUGACGGAGCACUGAAUAAAACCACCUGCAGUAUCAGUUUACCGGUUUAUCGCAGAGACACGCGUGCCGUGUUUGAGGGUGUGUUCCGCAUCUCACACUCUUACAACUGGACUGACAGCAUGCAGAUGACACUUGUGGCCAGCAGUGAUAACAAUGGAAAUACAAGUAUCACCACAGUGGCGAAGACUCUGCCUGUUCAGUUCAGUGUAGAUGUGGACAUCAGCCCUGUUCCUGAGCUUUCUGUAACAUAUCUGGAUUUCUCUCUGGAAGAUAAAGGCCCAAAACCUAUCACUGUUGUGUAUAGGGUGAGUAAUCUGGGACUAAAAGAUCUGCCUGUAGCCGUAAGCUUCCGGAUGCCGUCUCAGACAAACCUGCAUGAUCUGCACAAUCACACCAUCACUGUGUCUCAGAAUGUUACAGCCUGUAACAUCGUACCGCCUGAGAAACAUGCUGACUGUCCAUUUAAGUGGUGUGCGAACUUCAUGUGUCAUUCGUUCUCACUGGAUCCCAGGUCUGCUGUCCAGUUUGAGCUGAGGAUGCUCAUCAGCUUCCCUAAUAAACAACAAUACACAGGGAAAUUUUCUUUCAGUGAAUUUAGGAAGGAGGAUGAUUUUUCUGUCUUUGCUCAGCUGGACUUUGAUAAAAAGCUUUAUCAUCAGAUAUCCAGUGAGAACGACACAAGCAGAUUUCACCAGGCUAAGACCAGUGUGAAAGCAGAGCUGGUCAUUCCUCCUGAUAUGCUUAUGAUCAGAGGAACAGGUGGAGGAGGUGGAUUUCUCCUGCUCAUCAUCAUCUUCAUAGUGCUGUUGAAGUGUGGUUUUUUUAAGCGUACACGUCCUGAAAUGAGUGAGAACAGUGCUGAAGAAGAAGAUGAAGUGUGCAGUGCUGAAACAAACGGAAAGAUGGGAGAAUCUCCUUCCACAUCUGAAGAGAAACCGUUCAUCCCUGCUGGAGGAAACAAUGUUGUGUCAGAAAAUGGAGGGAGAGAGAAUGGAGAAAUGGAGAAAGGAGAAAGUGUGGAGUGAAAAGUCUUCACUGAUUGAGCUACUGAUUGUUUAUUAGCAUGAUUCUACUUCUUUAGCUUAGCUACAGUCCCCUCUGAAAAUAUUGGAACAGCAAGGCCAAUUCUUUCCUUUUUGUUAUACACUGAAGACAUUUGGGUUUGAGACAUGUUUACAUCUAGAUGUGUUAAACAACUUAGAAAAUGGCAUGUUUGGUGGCAGACCAAACCUGUUAGAUUGUUUAAACAAUUAAUAGCUCUGAAUGUCUUCUCUGGGUUUGAGCCCUGGGUUUCAUCUGUGAAGACUGCAUUUGUUGUUAAAAAGGAUAAAUCACCAUGAAAACCAGAGAGCUGUCUAUGGGAGAAAAGCAUUUUGAAGCUGAGAAAAGAGGGAAAAUCUAUCAGAGCCAUUGCACAAGCAUUGAGCUUAGCCAAAUACAACAAUUAGGAAUAUCCUGAAAAAGAAAGAAACAGUUACAGUUACAGUUAGAAGCCCAGUAGACACCCUUAUCCAGAGUGACAGUAUAGUAAGAAAAACACAGACAACACAAUAUUUUUUAAAUAAAGUGCUAAUUUAUGUAUUUCAUGAACAGGGAGUCAUUGUUUGAAGUCUGCCAGUGACAUCUAGGAGAAAUUCAUUCUACCACCUAGGUGCCUGAACAGAGAAGAUCUUGAUCAGUGGUAGAGGAUCGGAGGGAUUGUGGGGCAGUGCGGGGUGUGAUAAGUUCCUUGAGGUUAGUGGGUGCUGGUCCGUUUUUGGCUUUGUAGGAUCAGUUGCAGAGAUUGAAUGGCGCUCAGAGGCAGAGCUGCCAGGAGUGAGUUGCAGUAGUCCAGUCUCGAAAUGACAAGGGACUGAACAAGCACCUGAGUGGCCUGUGGGAAUAGAAAUGGACGAAUCCUUCUGAUGUUGUAAAGGAGAAAUCAGCUUGAGCAUGUCAGCUUAGCAG